GAAGCACCAGUUUAUACGUCAAAGUAAACAGCUUCAACCCCGUUCUUCUAUAUCACUAAAAAAAUUGGGAUAUCCGAAGCAAGCAAGGCACGAUGGUCCAACUCCCCAAGCUCUCACCACCAAGCUCGAAGCCCGAAGCCGAGGUCGAUCCAGAAUUCGCUCCGCUCAUCGAUCAAUGCAACAAGGACUUCGGAGCACUAUGGGAGCUACCGCUCGCCGACUUCAAAGCUGCGUGGUUGGCGUCGCCGAUAGCCCUGAGGCCCGAAGUUCCUUCAAUUGAUGAGAUCGAUGUGCAAAUCCAAAAGGCGCCUGUGUCGGACGGCACUGAGGUCGAGAUCCAAAUUUACUCGCCUAAAGGUUCUCAGGAGGUCUUGCCGCUGAUGUUCGUCACGCAUGGCGGAGGGUGGGUCGUCGGGGGCCACUCGAUUGAGGAGAGUGUGAACCGUAGCGUUUGUGUCAAGAGUAAGGUGAGGGUCGUUUCUGUGGAUUACCGCAUGGCUCCGGAGUACAAGUUCCCAUACGCGGUGAACGACUCGUGGGAUGUGUUGGUCUGGUGCCAGAAGAAUGCGGAAAAGUUGAGGAUUGAUCCGCAUCGCAUCAUAGUUGCGGGAGGGUCUGCCGGUGGGAACCUGGCUGCUGUUCUCGCUCAGAAAGCUAGGGAUGAAGGCGUCAAGGGCAUUGUUGGGCAAGUACUCAAUAUCCCGGUGACUUGUCAUCCAAAGCUCUUUCCCAAGGACAAGUAUAAGUAUACGAGCUUCGAUGUGGACAAUUUUGACGCACCGAUCAUCGAUGCGGCGAAGAUGGUGUGGUUCUGGGAUCAAUACUUGGAUGAGGUGAAGCCCGAUCCGCGGCAUAGUCCUUUGGUUGCCGAGUCGUUGGAGGGACUGCCGCCGGCGCUGGUACAAGUUGCUGGCAUGGAUCCACUCCGAGACGAAGGCCUGGCAUACGCUGAAGCAUUGAAGAAAGCCGGUGUCGAUGUCGACCUCAAGUUCUAUCCUGGUGUGCCGCACGGAUUUAGCUUUUUCCCAUCGGUGGCCAAGGUGAAGGAUUAUAACGAGAACGUGGUAGACUUCGUUAAGCGCGUCAUAUGAAUUGCAAGUACGCUUAAGGCGUGUCAGAAUAUAUCUGGUCCUUCGCCAGCUUGUAAAUCUGGACAAACGCAGUCGUCGUAUGGAGUUCCGAAACCAACGGUACAGCGUCAAGUGA